AUGGAUCUUGAUCAUGAAAAUGACACCUUGCCAGAGAAUUUCAUUCUAACAGGGCUCUCCAGGCAGCCCUGGGUUCGUGAGGUGCUCUUUGUGAUUUUCCUUUUGCUCUACCUAGUAACCAUCUCUGGGAAUGGCCUCAUUGUUGUAUUGAUUAUCAUGGACUCUCAUCUUCAUACUCCCAUGUAUUUCUUCCUUGGCAAUCUCUCCUUUAUUGAUGUCUGCUACUGUACCACUAGUGUCCCACAGAUGCUUGUCCACUGCUUCCAGGAGCCAGCCACCAUCUCCUAUGCCAGGUGUAUUGCUCAGAUGUGUAGCUCUCUAUUCCUGGGGAUGACAGAGUGCAUUUUGCUGGCUGUCAUGGCAUAUGACCGCUUUGUGGCUAUAUGUAGCCCCCUUCAUUAUACAUUGAUCAUGAGUCGAAAAGUAUGUAUUGCCCUAGCAUCGUGCUCAUGGGUCACAGUAGUUGGGAUCUUUUUUGGCACAGCAAUUGCUAUGUAUACACAACCACAGACGAAAUUCGUCUCAGAAAGUGACAAGUUUGUCUCCAUCUUCUAUGGGGUAAUCACACCUAUGCUGAAUCCCCUGAUCUACAGCCUAAGGAACAAAGAUGUGAAAGCAGCCCUGUACAGAAUGAUAGGAAGAGAAACAAAAACUUAGGACCAAGCUCCUCCCUCAUGCUUGUAUUUUUCUCUUUAAGGGGGAAAAAGUGGUUUUAGGUGGGCAGUUUAGUUUAGGGAAAUAGUGCUGAUGAGAUUUUCUGAGAAUCCCAUUUAUGCAUCCCAAUAGUCCCUUCAUAACCACAAAGGUAAGCAGAAAGAAUCCAGUCAUGGUCGCAAUUUUCCACCUGGAAAUUUCAAGAUUACAAGGGAGGACCAGCAGAAAUCAGGUCCUUUAUUUUCUGCUGUGUCCAUUGCUACUUCUCUUUUAUGAACUGUCAUGCCAUUUUAAUAUGCUAAUUUUUCAACACAGCACUGUAAACCUUUAGGAAAUACAUUUUUAGCACUGUAAAAUAAAUAUUUUAAAUUAACAAACAAUAAAAUGUUGAGUUUCUGUGUACCUAGGAGAGAGGCAAAGGUUCUAAACCCCUAUGUCAUUUGGCAACCUGGUUGAUGAAUAAGAGGGGCUGUUCUAGGAUGAAGUGGGUGUUCUAGGUUGUCCUAGAAUGAAGGGAAGCUCCAUCUCUUUGCAUAGAUCUACUUUGCAGUGUUGGAGGUAGUGGAAGAACGUGCCUUUAAAACACACCAUAAAUUAGAGGGUUGACUAAGGAUUAGAAGUGGGUGCCCCUUUUCUAAAGUUGUAUUAACUUCAUAAUGAAAUGCUUUAAAACAACAACUACUGGAAGACAUUGUUUCAUCUUCCGUUUAACUUAAGGAUUUGCCCCUGUGGAAUGGGUGCCGUAGGAACUACCCCUCAUGUUAUUUUAUACUGUGAGUUUUAUAGUGAUGCUCGUUAAAAACUAAUUUCUCCUCUUUUGGGGAAGUUUCCGGCCGUGUCACUCUGAUUAAUUUUAUUUAGAGUUUUUGUUAUCUAACUUUUGCAAAGAGAUCACUUUCAAUGUGGCUAGGUUUUGCUACAUUGUUUGUAUUACACGCUCUAGUCUUAUGUAACUUUUUUUGUUGUAUUGUCUGAUCUA